AUGAGACCUUCCAUGAAGCUGUUUGCAACGGUGUUGCUUCUUGUCAUGCGUCUGAUGGCAAAUGAAAUGGUGGUGGAAGGGAGGACUUGCGAGUCGCAGAGUCAUAAGUUCAAAGGGACGUGUGUGAGCGAUAGCAACUGUGGGAAUGUGUGCAAGAACGAGGGGUUUCCGGGUGGAAAGUGCCGUGGUUUUCGCCGAYGCUGCUUCUGCACCAAACACUGUUAAUCCUGAACUGAAAGCAAAGGAAAUCAAGGAAUGGUGGCU